GACGGUUACAGAGACUGUCAAUCACUAAAGCCCUUGAAAUAUUUGUUGAACGUUGCCAUGGCAUUUAAAUGAUUUAGUAGUCGUGUUUGAUUGGUUGCGUCUGUUUGUUACCUGGACACUGUCUACAAGAGUUGGGGAGGAAACCAGCCCUUCGGCUUUGGACACAAGUUCAGAACCACCGGUGUAGACACUGCAGAAUAUUCGAGAACUUUGGUCCCGUGACGCUGCGAGUAUCAUGUCCACGCUAAGUGCCUAGCCUGGGCUCAGGUACAGUGUGUCUGACUGGGACCUCAGUAACAAGCUGAUGUCUGACACAGCAGAACAGAGGUGACACAUCUCACAUGAGACACGCCAGGAAGGGAGGACCUUACGCAAUGAGACAACCAGCAAGGUAAGAUGUGACUAUGUAAUGAAACAACCAAUUCAGUAAGGACUUGCUUGACGUUGUGAGUGAAUUGUAACAUUGGCCUACACAAAGUUAGUUUUCAUAUCAUAAACUGUUAUGGACUAUUAUUUAUUCUCAUCACAUGUAUUCAUGCCAUCUCUCUUUCCUCUCUCUAACCUGUCAUCGCUCUCUCGGUAUAUCUCUCCCCCUAUCCCUCUCUCAGACUAACUGGGAUGAGAGUGACAGGCUGAGUAAUAGGAUCUGGGAUAUCUCCCACUAGAGAGAGACUUUGGAAUCCUGCGCACAGGAAUUGGGCAAAGAGAUGGAUGCCUGAUGAGAUUUGCAAUUCAAUUUCAAAUUAGUAUUAAUCUGGAGGAGACGGAGCGGGCCAUCAUAGUGCCUCUGGAGGUCACGGUGGAGUGCCUGACCCUGAGGGAGGGUUGCCCUGGAAACGAGCUAGUCAGCGACCUGGUGGAGGUGAUCGACAGAGCAAAGAUGGUGCUCCAGCAGCGCAUUGACAAGGCCUUUGAGGAGCUGUUUCUUCUACAGGAGUCCUGGCAGCAGCUGACCCAUGACAUUCAGAACAAGUCCUGCUUGUCACUCACUGUGACAUCACCUGAGAUCUCUGAAGCCAACCCUCUGCGCAUACCCAUAAGUUCCACCACCUUCCAGCAGUGGGAGCAGUUCAGCCAGUACAACAUGGCCCAAGCACAGGAGACGAUGCAGGCGUCACAGCAGCUGAGGGAGGACAUGAGUCACUAGGGUACAGGUAUAAAAUAAAGCCUGGGGGAGGGAGAGAGGAGUGUAGCGUUACCAUAUGGCCAGGCCUGUAACAAUAGCACUGUUCUGUAUUGACUCCUAUAAAACAGCACUGUCUCUGCAUCCCAAAAGGGACCCUAUAUAGUGCUGCACUACUUUUGACCAGGACCCAUUGGGUGCCAUUUGGGGAACACACCCUGUCUGCUUUCACAGGGCUCUCUGUGGUUGUUUAGUAUCUGAUAGGGCCAGUUUCUGCUUCAUAGAUAUUGCUAAAAUGUAUGUGUACAGUAAGACUAUUGAGAGUUAGAUGACAAGUGUGGCAUAUCAAGAAGCUGAUUAAACAGCAUGAUAAUUACACAGGUGCACCUUGUGUUGAGGACAAUAAAAGGCCAAUCUAAAUGUUGCAGUUUUGUCACACAACACAAUAAGCCGCCUCCAAUGUCAUUUUAGAGAAUUUGACAGUACGUCAGGACCUCUACAUCUGGCUUCUUCACCUGCGGGAUCAUCUGGGGACUUUAUUUACAGUAUGUCUGUAAUAAAUCCCUUUUGUAGGCAAAAAUGUAUUCUGAUUGGAUGGACCUGGCUGCCUAUGCCCUCUCAGUCCCACCCUUGGCAGCGCCCUUGCCCAGCCAUGUGAAAUCCAUAGAUUAGGGCCUAAUGAAUUUAUUUCAAUUGACUAAUUUCCUUAUAUAGUGUAACUCAGUAAAAUCUUUGAAAUUGUUGCAUGUUGCCUUUUUAUAUUUUUGUUCAGUAUACAUGGUAAUUUUUCAGAUUAAUCUGAAAUAAUUUCCCAAUUGACAGGUUGACCCAAAUAUGUAGUUCUUCAGGGAGGCAGAUUGCAUCUCUGAAUGUGAUCACGUUUAAGAAACACAUCUGAUUCGCUCAUGUGUUAACUUCUCCAGGGUAGGGGGCAGUAUUUUCACGACUGGAUGAAAAACGUACCCAAAUUAAACGGCCUACUACUCGGCCCAGGAACUAGAA